AUGGCAGUGGGCUUAAAGCUCCUCCUGGCUCUGGCUCCCCAUGCGAGAGGCCAUGGCGCGAUGUACGAGCCUCCUUCGCGGAACAGCGCGGGCCUUUCGCUGCUGUCGCCCACAUGCCCUGGUGGGUCCUGCCAGUGGUACAGCCAAGGGUGCACCAUCGGCUGCCCGGAGAUCUCCGGGCUGCACGAGCCGGGCGAUGCCUGUGACCACCCAGCCGAGCCGACGCUGACCUGGGAACAUGAUGCCGAAUUCCUCCAGUACAAAGACGACGGCUACGGUGGCGAAACAAAGUACCAUCCUUGGCGUUAUCCAGGAGCGGCUCCGGUGGGGGAUCCUUGCGGCACCACCGCAGGUGGAAAGGAACCCCUCGGCCAGUUAGAUCCCCCUCCUGGCUUCGGGACGGGCGUGGACGGCUCCGACUUCAAGGUUCUCCCAAGCCUUCUAGAGCAGACUGUUUGGCAGCCUGGCGCAGAGGUCGAAGUGGCCUGGGGCAUCGCGGCGAAUCAUGGGGGCGGCUACCAAUACAGGCUCUGUCCUGCCGGCAUGGAGGCACUCACGGAGGAAUGCUUCCAGAGAAAGCCCUUAGAGUUCGUUGGUGACAAGCAGUGGCUGCAGUUUGGGAAUGGCUUCGACAAGAGCAAUCGGCUGGAGAUCAAAGCCAAGCGCGUUGGCGGGCAGAAAGUCAAGCCCGAAGGGUCGACGUGGACGAUGAACCCCAUCCCGGGAUGCAAGGAGAACGGCGGCCGAGCCAAGUCCACGUGUCUGGGACCCACCUUUGAACCUGCACCCGGGAGCGACAAGACUUAUCGCUACGGAGGGGGAUCAGCUCCAGGGAUCUACGGCUAUGGCUCGGGACGUUGUAUGGGCAACCUGUCCAAGACGCCAGAGGCUUUCUGUGACCCACAGGAGUACUACGAUGUUUCGUUUGACUUCGGCAUCGUAGACCUUGUGAAGAUUCCAGAUGACUUGCCAGAAGGACACUACAUCCUGGGAUUUCGCUGGGAUUGCGAGAUGACGAAGCAGAUCUGGAGCAGCUGCGCCGAUGUCAUCGUCAAGAAGGAUGCAAAGCCGACUCCGUCCUUCAGCAAGGGGAGAGAAUGCAGCGCGUGCUGCACUGGUGGUAUUUGCGGCCACUGCAAAGAGUGCCGGGACAAGAAGACAGGAGAGUGCGAAAAGUGCUGGAAGGUUCAGCCGUGGUGGGGUGGCCGCACUUUCUGGACCCCACGAUCGAAGGCCCUCCAGUGCCUGGGCGGAGUGGAGGAGGAGUACACGGCCGACCAGGAGCUCGAACCGGCGUGGUCACCAGGCUGCGAGAAGUGCUGGGACGAUCCCAAGGGUUGUGAGGCCCAUGUGCGUGGCGUCGACCGGGACCUUAUCAAAAAGGCAGACUGGACAAAGGAUUUGAUGUUCUACGGCGUCAUCACCCUGGCCAUCAUCGCCGGCGGGCUUAGCCUGCUGCUUUUGGUGAAUGCCUGUCGGAAGCCAGCCGCUCGUGCAGCCGGAGACGGGGGUUCGGUUGGCUUUGAGAUGAGAUCUGCCUGA